CAGCAAUAAAAAGAGGGAUGUUCUCCAAAAAUAAAUGACAUCAUUUUUUCUCUCGUUUAUUUUUCGAAUGGAUAAAAGAAAAAUACUCAAUGAUGCUACAGAGUGGUUCCUGGAUACUUUUCGAGACAUAACCACUUAUGAAACAGCAUAUGACUAUGCAGAAUGGACAUUGUAUGCAUGCCCGUUCAUAAAAACAGAAGACCAUUUCUUGUUCGCUUCAAAGUUGGCUAUCAUGAUGAUUAUAGUGGAUGAUUCAUUUGAUGAACAGGAAUUCAUUGUGUUAUACAACUACCUGAAAACAUCCGUUGUCAACGAACCCAGUGCUUUUGUUUCAGCUAUCAUCAAAUUAUUUGCUGAUUUUAAAUCAGUGUCGAACUAUGAAGAAAAUUAUACUAACAUGAUCAAAUGCUUUGUGUCCUAUAUCGAUUCCACCAAAGGAAACAAAUCAAAUGAUAGGAUGGAUCGUAUCAUCGAUACUUGCAUGCCACCGUUUUAUAUCAUCAGUCUUGAUUCGAACCAAAUCAUUGCCGACAUGAAUAACAAAAAGAUGUUGGAGGCUUCAUAUGGUACGCGUGUGGAUAAUGACUUGCUCACAUACCCGAAAGAUUGUGCAUCAGCCUAUAUGUUGGAUCAUACCAACCCGUUACUCGCUGGUGCGUCCAUCGAAGACCAGAUCAAUACUGUCAAAGAUCAUUGUACAAACGAAUUAAUACAUUUCGAAUCAUCUCUUGAGGAUGCAAUUUACUUGCAAGGGCGAAUGGGGUGUUUCUUAUGGUCAUUAUUUUCAAAAAGAUAUGGCCGUAUUCUUAAGACGGUAUACGAAGAUAAACAGACGGUGGAAAACAUUAGAAACUGCAUCAAAAAGAAUGUUCCCAUUUCUGAUAAUAAACAUUAUUAUUUAUAA